AUGCCGCCGAAUUCCUUUCCUUCCAAUGGAUUUCGGAUCGAGGAAGCUGGCAAAUAUUAUGAGCCCCCGGAGGAUGCGGACAAUGCCGAGAUUCGACUCAAAAAUGUGAUCUCGAACAAGUAUAAGGUCCAAUUCGGUGGGUAAUUAACAGUUUCUGGUCGAAUUUUAGGUGUUUCAUUGAAAUACAGAGAUUUUCUGUAGUUUAGAUCAAUAGUUUAGUUCCUGUGUAACCUUCAAAAGGUAUCUAAAAUGGAUGUGGUUUUCAGAUACCUACGAAGAUUGGUUCACCUGGACCCACCAAAACUACCCUCAGUUCUGGGAGACAGUUCUCGAAGAAUGCGAUGUAAAAUUACAUAACAAAUACACAAAAGUGGUGGAAGCAGACGUCCCGAUGCCCAAAGUUCCCAAAUGGUUCCCCGGGGCUACUCUAAAUUAUGCGGAGAACUGUUUAAAGAAUGGGAAAAACGAUAAGAUCGCCUUUAUAGAGUAUGGUAAGUCAUAUAUUGUUUUAUGUUACACUAGAUGUUUUUAGAAAUAAAUGGAAAUCAGAAGACCUAUACUUACUCUGUUCUUCGACAAGACGUCGCGGCUUUAGCCACAGCUCUAAGGGACAAGUUCAAUGUCCAAAAGGGCGAUCAUAUCUGUGGAUAUCUUCCCAACGUUUACGAGACAGCCGUGGCCAUGUUGGCGACCACGGCCCUGGGUGGAACUUGGUCCUCUUGUUCCACUGAUUUUGGUCCCACCGGAGUCCUUGAUAGAUUUGCACAGGUACUUUGAUUUCAUUACGUUUAGUAAUUUAGACUUUACGGUGGUCAAUAUAUUUGCGUGGCUUUUUUUAUAGCGCCUUAGGGGGUGAAGUAUUUGGGAUUAUAUACGAAACAGCCUAAUAUCUCGACUUAUAGAUACUCAUUAGAGCUUUUAUUUUUAAUGGUCUCAAUAUUUGAUAUAAUGUGUGAUAUAUGUAGAUCAACCCCAAAGUUCUAUUUGUUGUGGACAAAACAUCUUACAAAGGAAAGCAUCACAGUCUUGUGAAUAAUGUCAACGAGAUCGUUGAUGGCCUGGGAGAUGAUUUAAAAGUAAUUGUAAUCCCUCAAUUGGAUAAACCGAUCGAAUUGGAUGUCUUUGAUCAAAGAUCACAGUAUUUUUGUUAUAAUGAAUUGAAAAAAGAGGUCGGGGAUACUGCAGCGAUCGAGUAUACACCAGUUCCUUUCCAUCAUCCCUUAUUUGUCAUGUUUUCAAGCGGAACAACUGGAAUUCCAAAGGGAAUUGUGCAUACUGUAGGAGUAAGUGGCUGAAAAGAUGUAAUAAUCGUGUAUAGGGAGUACUGCUAAAACAUGUGGAAGAGCAUAUAAUCCAGACAAAUAUCUCCGAGCAAGACACAAUCUUAUUUUACACGACCUGUGGAUGGAUGAUGUGGAAUUGGCUGAUGACGGUUCUUUUUACGGGCGCCACAAUUGUUCUGUAUAAUGAAAGUCCUCUCGAACCUCAGGAUAUUCUUCUAAAGAUUGUUAGUGAGACAAAGGCCACGGUAUUGGGGAUGGGAGCAAAGAUUUACGAUGAAUAUGCAAAGUCAGACAUCGAUUACAGUAAGUGGAAUAUAAUAUUUAUAUGUUUGGUGAAUGAAUCUAUUUUAGAGAAGAUCCAUUCCCUCUCUCAACUCCGCCUUAUCCUAUCGACCGCUUCUCCCCUCAAGGCAUCCACAUUUGCAUAUUUAAAUGGGAAAAUUCGGCCUCAAGUUGUGAUCGGAUCGAUUUCCGGAGGCACGGAUAUCGUGGGAUGUUUUAUGGGCGCGACUCUCAAUCGACCAGUCGUUCCCGGAGAAUGCCAACACUUCUAUUUGGGCCUGGAUAUGUGCACUUUCAAUGAGAAUGGAGAGCAAGUUGAGGAUGAAAGGGCGGAAUUGGUGUGCAGGAAUCCAUUUCCAUCGAUGCCUCUCGAAUUUAUCAAUGAUUCUGAUGGGAGAAGAUAUUUCAACGCGUAUUUCAACAAAUUCCCGGGGGUCUGGACCCACGGAGACUUUGUUUUAAUCGACUCUCAAACCAAAGGAAGUGUAAUAUUUGGGCGAAGUGAUACUACUUUGAACAGAGGAGGGGUCAGGAUUGGGACGGCUGAGAUCUAUGCCGUCGUGGAAAAGUUUGAAGAGAUCGCAGACUCAUUGGUCAUCGGGACAGUGGAGUAAGAGUAUUCUUUGGCUUAAGUUUGCUUGUUUUGCCUUCAAAAUACGCAGGAUAUUACGCAUAUAUUAUACUACAUGGAUUGCAUUUUUUUAUAGCCCCCAAGACGACACUAAUGAGAACGUGCUACUCUUUGUAAAACUUGCCCCCGGCCAUAAACUGACUCUCGAGUUAAUGAAGAAUAUUAAGAUCAAAUUACGCAAUCGAAUGUCCCCAAGGCACGUUCCCAAUGAAGUCCAUCCAAUCGAUGAUAUCCCUUAUACAAAUUCAGGGAAAAAAGUUGAAUUGGCGGUGAAACAAGUGCUCCAAAAAGAGGUUGUAAGUGAUCUUUGAGCUACUACAACAGGUCUCUCGAAGUGGCCAAGUUUUAGUUUGGUUAAAAUAUAGUCGCCCAUCGAAACAAAGAUGAAUUUUUUAACCUGUCUGCCAUGGGCUAAGUUAUUUCAUUUAAAAAGGCCACACUUUAAAACAAAAAUAAUUUAAUGAAAACUAAAGAAACUAUCAGUUAAAAUGAUUUCCAGGUGAAAAACAUUAAUUCAUUGCGGAACCCCGAAUCCCUCAAGUUAUUUGAACCCUUUGCCAGCACUUAA